AUCAACCUUCUAAGCCAACUCUAUGCUCUCGUUUACGAACAUGAGAAAAUGUUAUCAUCUUCUUUUCCUUGGAAGAUCCAGAGGUCAAUCUAUCUCAACUAAUAGAUGGGCUCAAGGAAUUGGUUUCAUCAGAUCACACCAUCUCCGCCACCAUCCUCAAUCACCACCGCCACCAGCAUCACAAGAUGGACCCCUACUCUUUUCCUCUUUUAACGUCUCAAGAAACCGAUACUAUGUGGGUAGUACUACUUCUCACAAUUACUCUCGAGCAACCUUUUCUAAUCUUAACCUUAAUCAUCACCAUGCUCAACUCUCCACCCUCCACACGUUAGAGCUCGCCAACCAUAUGGCUGACAACCCACUCGAUUACAAAGUGACAGUGAAGGAUAGCGAAUUCAUUUCCGCAGCUCAUGCACCAACUCACGAAUUCUGGAUCCCGCUAUCCAACUUAGACUUACUCCUACCGCCACUUACCGCCGGAGUUUUCUUUUGCUACAAGAAAAAUGAUGACAGUAGUGCCAUGUCAACGGAAACGGUUGUGAAAACCUUAAAGAAAUCUUUGGCGAGUGUGCUUUCCACAUUUUAUCCCCUCGCCGGAGAGAUAGUGCCAAACAGGCUUGGGGAGCCGGAGGUACUCUGCAACAACAAUGGUGUUGAGUUUAUACAUGCUCACGCUGACGUGGACCUGCAAAACCUAGAUUUACACCACCCUGAUGAAACCGUCAAGGGGAAGUUGGUCCCUAAGUUAAAUCGUGGUGUGAUUUCUGUUCAGGUGACAGAGUUAAAUUGUGGAGCAAUAAUACUAUCAGUUGCUUUUGACCACCGUUUAACAGAUGCUCAAUCUUGCAAUGUGUUCUUGGCUGCAUGGGCUGACAUUGCCCAAUUCAAUAAAAUUUCAACUAUUCCAUCUUUUCGCUCUUCAAUUCUUAGCCCAAGACGCCCACCGUGUCAUGACACAACCUUUGGCGAUAUGUACAUUCCAAUAUCAUCAAUCCCUCCCCCACCAUCGUCCUAUGAGGACAUACUUUUUAGUCGUAUCUACUAUAUUAGUGUUGAAUCAAUUAACCGCCUUCAGUUGCAAGCAAGUACAAAAGAAACUAGAAGAAGCAAACUCCAGUCAUUUACAGCAUAUAUAUGGAAAUUAUUAGCUGAAGAAGGUGAUGAUGAUGUGAACAAAACAUCUAGGGUGGGUGUCAUUGUUAGCGGACGAAAUCUCCUAACUGGAAAUAGCAAGGAAGAAGCGUCUUUGUUAAAAAAUCAUUAUGGAAACAUACUCUCUAUCCCAUAUGGCAAGGAAAAAAAUCAUCAUCUCCACGAAAUGACACUUCAUGAAGUCGCAAACAAGGUUCAUGAGUUUGUAAACAAGACAGCAAACGAAGAACAUUUUAGAGGAUUAGUUGAUUGGGUAGAGUUGCAUCGUCCAGAGCCAGGAGUUGCAAGGGUAUAUUUCAAGCUACAAGAGAAUGAUGGGGACGCAAUAGUUGUUUCAUCUGGACAAGGUUUACCAAUUAAGAAUAUGCAGUUUGGAUGGGGAGAGCCAAAGUUUGGAUCGUAUCAUUUCCCUUGGGGUGGUGUAACUGGAUAUAUAACUACAAUGCCUAGUGCGAAGAAUAAUGGAGAUUGGGUUCUUUACGUGCAUCUCAAACAAGAACAUUUGGAUUUGAUCAACAGUAAGGCAUCUCACAUCUUCAAGCCCUUGACUAAUUCUUAUUUAGAUAUUCGUUAAUGCACCUGAAAUUUAAUGUUUUUGUAUAUGUUUUGUAUAUAUGUCCCCUUUCAAUUUUUCUUACUUCUUUUAUGUGUGCUUUUUUACCUGAAAUUUACGUGUAUAAAGGAUAAUCUUAAGACAAGAUGAUAAGAUUGCAAACUGUGC